CCAGCGAUCGUGUUCAGUAGCCCAUUCCGAAGUCAGUUGGAAAACGAAAUUUACGAAAAUGUCACGCUCUUUCUUGAUGGAUUCCCUGCUCAGCGAUAGGCCCAAUUUGAGCCAGACGAAGGAGAAGCUGGGAUCACCAGGAGCCAGUUCCUCGGCAGCCGCUGCAGUGGCCGCAGCAGCAAUGUUGCCAUCAAUACCCAUGCUGCCCUAUCCGGCCAGCUAUGUGGGCAGCUAUCUCUUCUCCCUGGGCAUCCAGCAGCAGCAGCAGCAACAGCAACAGCAGCAGCAGCAACAUGCAGCUGCAGCAGCAGCCGCAGCAGCAGCAGCAGCAGCAGCUGCCUUGCAGCAACAUCCGCAUGUCAGCUCGAGUCCCGGUUCCCUGUAUCACCCAUACGCCCAGUUGUUCGCCACCAAAAGGAAAUCCAGCGGCUUCAGCAGCUACGAAGGCUGCUAUCCUUCGCCCCCGCUGUCGGCCAAUCCUAACAGCAACGCCCAGCAGUUGCCGCUGCACAAUCUCUACGGAUCUCCAGUGGGUGUGGGUGGUGGUCUACCUCUACCUGAACCCGGCAGCUUCUGCACUUCACCUUCGGCCUCCUCGUCGGCCUCCCUGGAUUACACCAGCCACUUUGAUGAGCCUCAAAACAAGCGGUUCAAGCACGAGUCCUCCUGCUCGCCCAGCAGCUCACCGCUCAAGGUUCAGUCCGCGGUAGUGCCCACGGAAAUCACACCUCUGAUCAGCGACUAUGCCGACUCCAGCAAAAGGAUUCGCACCGCCUUCACCAGCACUCAGUUGCUGGAACUCGAGCGGGAAUUCUCGCACAACGCCUACCUAUCGCGACUUCGUCGCAUCGAGAUCGCCAACCGCCUGCGCCUCUCCGAGAAGCAGGUCAAGAUCUGGUUCCAGAACCGUCGAGUCAAGCAGAAGAAGGGCGGUUCCGAGAGUCCCACAUUCAAUCUGUCCACCAACUCUAACGGCAGUCCUCAGGCCUCUCCAGUUUCUCCCAAAAUCAACGUUCACGAACUGAAAGUGGAAGCGUAGAAAAAUCUUCGUAAAGAAUUCACCGAUUGUACAGUAGAUUUUAGUCUG